CUUCCCGCAGAUGGUUCCCUGCUAUCGGAUAUCGACCGCUCGUGGCAUCUCAAAUGGUUCUCGCCAUUCAACUUCUCGGGAAGUCCAUACACCGCCGACCCCAAAACAUCCGACCCGGACGCCGCAUGGGAAGACUUGGGCGUGGAAUUCGACUACUUUGUCAUCCCUCCCGACCAAGGCGCCAUAUUCGGUCUGGACCCUCAACACAACGCAAUGCACGUCGACGAGCACGGAGAUGUAACGGGCUACAUAGCGAUCCUCGAAGCGGUGCACGAACUGCACUGUCUCGACGCCCUUCGCCGAAAUCUUUGGUUCAACCGCGACCACUACGCCUCCACUCACAACGCCUCCUUGCCCGUCCAGAAAGCGCAUCUGAACCACUGCGUCGACGCCCUACGCGAGAAAUUGAUGUGCGGGGCGGACAUUGGGGUGGUGCCGUGGGUGUGGUCGAGUGAUCCGCAUUUUAUCACGCAGCCAAAUUUCGUGCGGCAGCAUCAGUGUCAUGAUUUCGAGGCGGUGAGGGAUUGGGCGAGG